UCUGUAUUUCAUGUGUUAGUGUCGAUUGAUAUUGAUAAAAACCUCAAUGUAGAUUUUAAAUCAGGUAUACACAUAAUAAGGCUCGCUUAAGUCUGCUUGAAACGACGCCUAUCUAACAUAUUUUUUGGAAUUAUAACUAUAACAGAAGAACUCAUUAUGAUGUUACUACUGAGAAUCCAUGUAAAUGAUAUGAAGCACUUUAAAAAUUAUUAGUUAUUAAGUUUAUUGUCUUAUAGUGAAUACAAAUUUAAAAACAUUUGGAGACGAUGUCAAUAUUGAACUAAAAUAAUAAGUCUUUGUCGUAGAAAUCAUACAUUGGUUUUUUUAUAAUCAUUAUGGGACUGCUUUUUUCAAAAAUAUGGAGCUUGUUCGGAAACGAAGAACACAAGUUAGUACUUGUUGGUUUAGAUAAUGCUGGUAAAACAACAAUACUUUAUCAGUUGCUUCUUGGUGAGGCCGUUCAUACAAGGCCAACUAUUGGCUCCAAUGUAGAGGAAGUAGUAUGGAGGAACCUUCGUUUUGUGAUGUGGGACCUGGGAGGACAACAGAGUCUACGCUCUGCUUGGACUACAUACUACACAAACAGUGAAUUUGUGAUAAUGGUGAUUGACUCAACCGAUCGACAAAGAUUAAAUAUAAGCCGUGAGGAACUGCACAGAAUGCUCUCGCACGACGAACUCAGCAAGGCAUGCCUCUUAGUCUUUGCUAACAAACAGGACGUGAAGGGGUCGAUGACGGCGGCGGAGAUUUCAGAGCAGUUGGAUCUCACUUCCAUUAAACAGCAUCCGUGGCACAUCCAGGCCUGUUGCGCGCUCACCGGCGAGGGCUUGCACAUGGGCCUCGAGUGGAUCGCGAGCCGAAUUAAAAAGAAGUGACGACCCGGCGGAGGGAGGCUCGUUGAUAAAUAUUAAUACUGAUGUUAAUUUUGUCGAUAUUGGAGUAUAUUUUUUAAAACAUUUGAAACUAAAUCCUAUUCUUCUCGUCUGAUUUUACUCUAUUAUAUAUUGUAAUAAACGAACUAUCCAUUAGACAUAAAUAAAAAUUGUUUGUCUCGAU